AUAUCGAGCAACGUGACAGCGCUGACAGCUAAUGACAUUAGUCUGUGGUCGUUCUAGUAAAUAGAAGAAUCGUGGAAUUUGACGAUUGCCGAAAAUCUGCGAAUUUUAUUAAAUUUUAUUUAUUUUCUGAUUAAAUUACGCACAACUUAGAAUGUUUUAGUUUUGUUUGUUUUGUAUAGUGAUAUUUUAUCGGAAUAAUCAUGGAAGCUGCAGUUUCGAAGACGAAGCAUCGCACGGCGAUGGCGAUCCUCGCGGUGUGCAACGCGGGCUCCUUGGCUGCGGCCACCAACCUGGUCAUCUCGCUCAACCCUGAAGACAAAAUAACAGCAAAACGUGGAGGUGCGCUCACAGCGCUCGGCUUCGUCUACUUCAUGACGUUGUUUGAGCUGCUGAACGCGCUCGCCCUGUCUACUGGCGCCGGCGCACGGUUCCGGCACAAGUACAGACUCAGCUGCGGGGAUGUGCUCGAUAUUACUAAUAAGCUGGUGUCAGCAGUGCAGGCAGCCCUGUCAUGCGUGACAGGCGCCAUAGUGUGUCUGUGGUCGUGCACUCGCGACUUCAUGCGCAGCUCGCACUACAUGUCCGAGGCGUACGCCUGGUUCGGCGCUGCCUACUUCUUCUAUGAUAUUUGGAGCAUGUAUAUGGUACACGUCCAAAUGAACUCUAACAGUGACAUGUCCGUCAAGCGGCGUCCGUCCAAGAACGGGUCCGCGCCCGCGCUCCCCUCGGGGGACGGCGCGGUCGUCAAGAAGCAAGGCACCUCGUUCCUGGCUUACUGCAAGCAUGAACCCGUUAUAUUGAUGCACCAUCUAUUCAUUGGGGGUUUCGGGUUCUUGGUUAUUGUGUACCUCCGCGGCAACCUAGGCGACUGCACCUUCGGCUUCGUCUACUUAAUGGAACUGUCAACCCCCUUCGUCUCCGUCCGCGGGAUCCUCUCGCGACUCAAGCUCAAGUCUUCCCGCCUCUACGUGGUGAACGGCAUACUGAUGCUACUGACGUUCUUCGUGUGCCGGGUGAUCAGUCUGCCGUAUGUCUGCUUGUUGUAUAGCAGGGUUAUUGGCCUUUCGUAUGUCGAUGCAAUAAAAUCCCUACCAACCGGCUGCAAGAUCUCCAUAUGCAUACUCCUUCUGCCCCAACUAUACUGGUUCUACUUAAUGUCAGCCGGAGCCCUGAAGAUGUUAGUCCAAAGGCCUCGGCCGGCUGCCGCCGACUCUACGCGCAAGCGCAGCUGACGCCGCCGCCGACACUAACGCGGUACGCCUAACUAUGCUAACAUUACGACGCCAAGCGUAAAGUACGCCACGAACUUUUAGUAGGACGUAUUUUGAGCCGCUCAAAUUACGUCAUACUAAAAAGGUCCUUUAACAAAAUGGGAGUGAAAUAUGUGGGAAAAUUAGUAGGCGUAUUUUGAGCUGCUCAAUUUACGCCAUACUUUUUGAGUCUCGGACGUAUAAUAUGUAGGAAAUGAGUAGACGUAUUUUGAGCCGCUCAAUUUACGUCAUACUAUUUAUGUCCCGUGCGUAAAACAUGUAGGAACAUUAUAUUUUGUAGGCGUAUUUUGAGCGUCUCAGGUUACGUCUUUUUGUUUAGUUCGGGCCUGCCAGACUUUGAGUAAGAUACGCCACACAUAACGCACAUUUAGUUGGCGUAUUUUGAGCGGCGUAUAUUACUCUGUGUUAUUCAAGUUUUUAUCAUUUUGUUUUAUCACACUUUGUAUUUUGAGACAUCAAGUAAAUAUAAUUUAACAUGUAAUAUUAAAAUGCUUAAAAUUGUAUUCAAAACACCAAGUGUAGAUAAAAUACCGUUGCGAUUUUCACCUUAAAAUUUAUUUGAACCAUGUGAUAUAAUUUUCGUACAAAUAAACAGAUUUCAUAUAUUUUGUCAUAACAUAAAUGUCCCAUGAAAUAAAAAGUGGCCUGCAUAGGACUAAGGGUUAUAAUGUUUGACUGUUUGUCAACUUUUUGGAGCUAAUGUUGGCAACACUGGAUUAUUGAAGUGCUGUGUGUACGUCAGUAGAUGGCGUUAGUUGGUAUAUGAAUGAGGUUGAUGUUAAAAAGGUUGAAUGGGGCUUUGUAUGGGUGAUUUUGGAUGCUAAAAUGUUUUUGCUUAUACAAUGGUUAAGGUUAAAGAAAUAUUAUUUGUAUACAACGCAAUUUUUAUCCAAAUAUUUCCAGCUUUUAUGAUUAUUGAAAGAGAAUUCGGUUUCAUAAAAUAGUUGUUGCUUGUAUGUAUGUGAUAAGUGUGAUUUUAAAUGAAAUGCUUGAAGGGAAGUACGGUUUUUUCAAUAUUAGCUCCAAUAAAAGUUUGACUAAAAGCUUUGGCUAAGGUAGUUGAUGUUGUAUGUGUCCGACGAUAGAUGGCGCUGUAUUAAAUUUUGGUUCAACCCAAAAUUAACACAAACCCAUCCAGUAUAGUCGUACUAGGUAGAUUAUAAUAAUUUAAAAAUUGAUACGGCCACGUUAAAAAAUAUUGUAUAUUAACUAAGUCAUUAUUGUAUACAGAUUUCGUAAACGAAUAUCUCGAAUAAAAAGAAAUGUAUUUUGAUUUUGAAUUGUUACCGAUAAUCUCGAGUGUUGCCUCAAUUUUGACUAGAAUUUGACGAUUUACGGCCUAGCCGAACUUGUUGAAAAUGCUAAACACAUUCACGACUUCGAAUAUUAACAUAGAUCUUAUGAGAAAAGAAUUAUUAUCUUUAUCGAAUACAAGAAUUAGGGCUUGAGUACGUAGUUAUUUCGACGAAUAAAACAUGCCUAAAUAAAAACUUCCAUUUUUGUAAUAAUACAUGCAUUUCUUUUAUACACUACUUAAUUUGACACACAAAUAAGUACUAUAAUUUGACAUAACAUAACUUCCAAUUUUGUCUUCUCUUAAUUUAUAUCUUGCUUUUAGAUGCAUUUUCUUUCUAUACUUACAUUUUUCCCUACAGUUAUUUAAAAGCUUAAAAUUGAUAGUUUAAAUAUUAUAUGUAGUAUCAAUUUUAUGAGUCAACGGAAGGCAUGUAUCAGGAUAUUUACUAUCGUGAUACUCAACUUACUAUCAUGAUAUAUCAUGAUAUUUAAGUAUCGUGAUAGUAAAUAAAAUUUCGUAUUUAUAACAUGGGCAUUUUAUUUUAGUAACACAAAGAUUUUGUAUAAUAUGGUGUAAUUUAUAUAAUAAAUAAUGUGGCUUAUAUAUAAAUACAGAAUAUGUGUGUAUAUCGAUAAGUUUGGUAGCACAAUAUGUGUUAGGUGUCGCUUGUCGCUAGUUUGUGGUUGUUUGCACUUCAAUAUGUUUUUUAGGCUUAAGAGGGGUUUUGAUAGUAAGAUAUGGAAUUUAACUUGACAGUAUCCGAGACUCCAAAGUCGGUGUCAGUCAAAAUUAUCGAUAUUAAAAUUACUGUCAUAUAGAGUUUAUCAAAUGAUCUUUUGCGUACAACCAUCCUUUUUUCAAUCUGUUACUGUUACACCCUUUUUAUCGUCCCAUUGCUUGGCACAGGCUUCCCUUCACUCGGAGAAGGAUUGAGCGUUAGUCACCACGCUUGCUUAAUACGGGUUGGUGAUUUCAGACUAUAUAGUCCAGUUUUUUUUCAAUGUACAGUUAGAUUUUUUUAUCACAUUUUUCUAUGGAUAUGAAAGACUUAUAGUUCGGCCGCUCAGAGAAUGCGUUUCUGACACAUCGCGAUUGAACUGACGACGUAACUUUGUAAUGGCGUUGCAGUACGAUAAAAAUAUUUUUGCUGGUUGUUUAUCGUUUUAACAAUUGUUGAGCAUUAAAACAACAUUAUUAUAUCAAUAAUAAUCAAUGAAUGUUGUAAUUUUGUGCCAAAUUGAGUGUCAAAUAACUUGGUAAACAAUAUUUUUCUAAAUCUAUACUGCGCUAUUACAAGGUUAUGUCAGCGCUUUAUAUUUGUAGUGCUGUGCUAAAAAUAACAGGCAAGUAUCGUAAUCUGUUCUGGUUGAUGGUUCUUAUACAGUUAUACUUAUAAUAUAAAAUAAUACGUUUUGUUUUUCUUUUUAAGAAUUUGAAAAUAAUGGACUAUAGGAUAACUUUUAUGAAAUAUAAAAAUAAAACUAUGAUCAAACUGAACGCGCGAAAGAAAGUAGCAUUUUUAUAUUUAGGUUGAAAAUGGUAACCCCAAAUGGCAUCAUGGGCCGUCAUUUUGUGACGCUAAAUAGUCAUUUGUUGUCGUUUCGUGCGCUAAGACUAAGUGCCCUGCCUCAUUAGGACGCCAAUGGCGACGUCGCCGGCUACGUAUCCAAGCAGUUAGUAUUGAAAUGUAUGGAACCUAACUCACUUGGCGACGGUUUGGUAACGUCGCCAAAUUGGAGGCGUGGCCACGAGCUACAGUUCCCUAUGUGGCUUCUGGCUACCGUGGCGACGUACCGUGGCCACAGUAGCCACUAUAAUGUACACGGUAAAGCGCACCUCCCUCACACAGUCGCCAAUGUGGUCGCCAGUCAGCUUGCAAUUUCUUGAGCGACGACGUAAACAAUUGACUGUCGAGACGCCAUGGCCACUCGACUUGGCGACAUUUGGAUGCCAGAAGUAGCCAGACCUGUGCCGCUGGCGACGUCGCCAUGGCGUCCCAGUGAGGUAGAGCUCUAAAAACCUGAUUUUGGAAGAUUUUGACCGAGAUAUCAGGAUUGAUUCUGUUAUUGAUAAUACCUAAUAUACACGUAAUAUACACGUAGGCGAAGAUGAUGAUGAAGACACCACCUCCUCAAGCGAAUCGGAGUCUGAUUAACAUUCUGUACGCACAUUCAAUUCAAUGUACUUACUUUAUUGCACAGAAAUACAGAUUGUAACUUUGUAACAAAGAAUAAAUAAAACGAUUUUAUUAUAUGAAUAUUACCUUUUUUUGGUUUCCACUUAAAUAAUUAAAAUAUAAAUUUUAAAUGAUUCCGCCAAUUUAAAACGAAAAUAAUCUUAAAAUAAUGCGGCGGUUUAUUUUGGGGGAACGGUAACGAACUCAGUGUUAUGUUGUGCCCAUCACUAGUCCUGACUAACUGAUAGGUGUCAGGAACGCAUUCUCUGAACGGCCGAACUAUAAUAUCUUUAUCUAUCUUACUAUCAAAAACAUAGCUAAAUAAACGAAAAACACUUAAGAAAUGCAUGCACAAAACUAUGUAUUUGUUGUGGUACUGCAGAAGUAUUUAAUGCCCCUUAGGUUAUCCACCAAGAGAUUUUAGUUCACUAUCAGCUAUCAUACUUAUAGUAUAACUACGAAUUCCAUAAUAGAAUUUAAUAUAUAAUUCAAAGCUACCUUUUUUUAUCUAAUCACUAUCUAAAAAUUCUCAGUAGAUCUUCUAAACUUACUAAAUCUUCUAACAACCAAUUUCGCUUGAUCCCUUUUUAUAUUUCAUUUUUAAAAACUUGCCCCUUCAAUUACACUGUUAUUAAAAAUUAAGUAAAUUAGGACUAAACCUUUUAUUGAACAAGAACAAAAACGGGGUAAAACAGUUGUAUAGACAUUUUGAAAUUCAAGGGUAGUUCUAUCUAUAAUUUAUUUACCAGUUUAGACCCUAAGAUAUAUUAAUUGUUGUGUAAUGAGUCGAAAAAUUGUGAAAAUAUUUGGCGCCAAAAAACUGUCAAAAAUGAAAAAAAAAGGAAUCUCGGUUGAAAAUAAUGUUGCUUCGUUCUAGAAAUUAUUGCGUGGAGGCUAAAUUUUAUUUUUUGACUAAAUUGUUCGUUUAUUUUUAUCCAGUGUUCUAGCGUUUGUUUUUCAAAAUUUUGAUGUGUUGAUGGUGUAUUUUUACUGCAUUAGUUAAAUCGUAAGAAUGUAGUAAAUAAACACUGGAUAUUUGUUAUGUAUAGAUAGGAUUUUUGCUUGUUAUUUUAUUUUGGCUCGGUAGUUUGGUUUUCUUUUUAAACUUUCGGUAAAUGGCGCGUUGUGGCUCUAUAUCCAUUGUUUUCUAGCUUUAGCUUAUUAAUUUAUUUGUUACGUACGUGUGUGAAUGCGAACUGAAUUCUUCCAAUACUACCCUACUUCCGUAUUGCCAAAUUAAAUUCAUUCCAAUAUUCAGAUUACAAUAGUUAUUUACUAAUCGCAUUUUAUAAUAGACUUAAGACUAUUUGUGUAGUAAAUUGCUAAUAACGAAAUUAGAACUUAAACUUCCAGUUGUUUUGUCUAUACUUAACAAUAUCAUAGAAGGAUUUGUUUUUUACAACAUUUGUAUUGAAUUCAUUUAUUUUGAUAACCUAAUUUAACCAGCAUUUAUUACUUGUAUCUUUACUAAUAAAUAAAUAAUUAUAAAUUGCAGAUUUGUAGACCUGGGCAUUUGACAAUGUCUGCCAUAAACGGAUCUUAGAACAUUUUAAUUGUAAAUGGGAGCGACGCUAAACUUCUUGGUUGCUCUGAUGUAUGCGCAAAAAUUGCGCAACCGGUCAGUAAUUGCGCAACAUGCGCAAACAAUACUAACUUACCAUUUAAGUAAAAUUUUCAGAGCAGGCAAGAGUUUAGUGUCGUAAAUGCUAGAUUACGGAUUUUAUAUUAAAAUAAAUGAGCUUAAAUUUAAUAGGGUUUGAUGCACAUAGUGAAAUAUUUAUAUGUUUGUGUGAUGCAUUAAGUCUGAAUGUUAUGUUCCUAUAGAGGCCUAUGAGAUAGGUUCUGAGGCCUAAUUUUAGAUAAAAUGUAAAUUAUUGUUUUAGGGUUAUUUGAGGGGUAGUUGAGGGUUUUAAAACGGCCUACUGCAUCGAAAUAGCAAAACUGGAAAUAGAUCUGUUUCUUUACCAAAAAUUAACACAACAUUAAGCUGAACUUUCCCCUGUCAGUUCAAAGAUGGGUGACCAUUUUGUUUUGAAUAUGUAACUUCGUGAUGCAAAAGGCCGUAAAUAGUAAAUACUAACCACAGCUUUUUUAUAUUUACGAAUAUUUAGCAGCUGAAAUUAAACUCUACUUAUUAAUGGUGACUUGAAAUUAUUCAAAUUAGUUUUUGUUUAGCAACGAGUGAGGUGAUGUAUGUACAAUGUGUACGGAACUAGUGUUACCAGUGUUAAAAAAUCUAAUUAUGUAGUUUAUUCUUUAGGCUGGCAAGCUGGGCGAGUUACGGAAUUUGUGUAAGUUAUAAAUAACAAGGUACUAAUGAUUAAACAAAUAGUCAUAAUUAUUAUUGUAGUGUCUGUGUUAUAAUAAUUUUAAAAGAGUUGUUUUUUAAAACGGCCUCUUUUCUCAUUUUGACUAUAAUAACAUUUUUUUUUCUUGUCUGUUUGGGCUACAAGAUCGAUCUUAGUAUUUGAGGCCUACUUUUGACAUGUCAAAGAAAGAGGUCAUAAAAUAAAAUUUUUACUCGUUACGUUGUUAAAAAGUUUGGUCUUGUAGUCCAAGCAUAUAAUGCACUAAAAUAACACGAUUCAUACAUACAUGGGUCUUAUUAGAAGAUCUUUGAAGGUUGAACUGUUAAUGAAUAUAAUUACUUACAAUUUGUACCGGCGCCCAGUUUCCAGCUAGUCAGUGUGACGGUAUAUGUGAUAACUUGUUGCAAUGACUGUUUUAUAUUAAAUGUAUCCGAUAUUGAA